UUGGAGCAUGUGCAGUGCUGUUUGGCGGGAAUCGUUCCACAGGUUAUGCCGCAAAAAUAUGUCCAAUCAUCAGGAAAUUGUAAUCUCCAAACCCAUGAAACCGAAAGGAAGGACGGAGCUAGGCGAUGUCACUCCACAUAACAUCAAGCAGCUGAAGAAAUUGAAUUCUGUUGUCUUCCCGGUGAGCUACAACGAUAAGGUAAGGAGUGAUCUUACACAGUAUUUUUUCUUUCUACUAGCUUAUUACAAUGACAUUGUAGUUGGUGCAGUUUGCUGUCGAAUUGACCAGACAGAAGAUGCAAGAAGACUUUACAUAAUGACAUUAGGAUGUUUAGCCCCAUAUAGAAGACUUGGUAUUGGAACUGUCAUGCUUGAACAUGUAUUGAAAUGCUGUGAAAAAGAUGGCAACAUUGACAAUGUCUAUUUGCAUGUCCAAGUUAGCAAUCAAGGAGCUAUAGGAUUUUACAAGGGAUUCGGAUUUGAAAUAAUAGAAACCAAAAAACAAUACUACAAGCACAUUGAACCGGCUGAUGCCCACGUCUUACAGAAAACACUGAGGAGCAAGAAGACCGAUAUAUGUGUAUAAACAUGGGAUCUACGUUCCAUGAACAGAACAUUUGAACAUUUGAACCAGGAGCCGGAUCUACAGAAUAGCAAAAUCUUAGGCCCAGACCUACGUGAGGGCUGCCCCAGAGAGUGGGUCAUGAGGUCUUCAAUUGAAUGGUUCGUGUGUAGUUAAUGUAGUUGACGGCGGCAAAAUUUAUGAUAAGAAAAGUAACUAGUUUAUUGCAUUUUUUAAAUCAGGCAAGCUUUCAAUAGGCAGCAACAAUGACAACAAAAACAGCAACUGAUCUCAUUACUUUUUGUAUUUGUUUUUUGUACUAUGGUUCUUCAAUGAUACAACAAAAAAAUGUACACAGUCAGACCUGCCGAAUCCCGUGUAGUUUGACGGCUUUUUCCCGUUUUAUAGAUUAGAAUUUUGAGGUCAAAAUAUUGUAGCAAUUGAAAAUAUAGUGAAUUAAAGUGAAUUGUGAGAAAGAAAACACAAUUGCAGCAUAUUAGAAACUGGAGGAAGGCUCAGAACUGCAACUAGAGUAAUUACAUAGUGGUAUUUUGAAGUAACAAUUUUAAAAAUUUCUUGUUCUUUCAACCUCAUUCUGUUUUUGCACAAAUAACACAAAGGCAGAAGGUCUAAACUUAAGGCUGGUUUUCACUAGCGACGGAGUCGGAGUCGUAGUCGGAGUCCAAGUCGUAAGAGCUCUCAUAACCUGGUGAAAAUCGAAAAUCAGAGUCGUAAGCGGAGUCAUAAGCUCGACGAAAUUGGAGUCGGAAGAAUCAACGUUUCCAUUUCUUCCAAUUCCGUUUACAACCCCGUCGUUUAUGAUCCAGUAAAAACUAAUAAUGUGAAAUGUCGGAGUCGGAAGCAAAAGCAGAAGAACUAACCAAUCACAAGGCCCGGAAUCGAACAUUGUGAUUAGUUUAUUCUUUCGCUUCUGCUUCCGACUCCGACAAUCUAGUUUUCACUGGAUCGUAAGCGACGGAGUCACAAGCGGAUGCAGUGUUCUGCUUCCGACUCCAUCAGUUUGAUUUUCACUGGAUCGAAUCACUCUACACUUCUGAUUAUUACUCCGACUACGACUCCAUCGCUAGUGAAAACCAGCCUUUAAAGAGAGUAACUUACAGUAUGGUAUAGAUCUCUGCUGUCAUUGUGACCCCUGGGGGCACUCCCUUGUGAAAAGGUUGGGGAUGCGCAUUGGAAAAUUUGAAAUUAAACCCCUACAGGAGACCAGUCUGAGCAUGGCUCGCGCUUAAUUUAAUCCCCAAAAUGUAUCCCUUAUAAUAGACAUGAAAGUGGGUUUUUUUUAAAAUUAUUUCUUCGAGAGCAACCGUAAAAGAUACCUGGACAACUGAAAAUAGUGGCGUUUUGUUCAGAACACCCUCAGUGAGACCAACAUGUGUGAUUUACACCCCUAAGCAGGAUGACGAGCAUCCCGUGCCUUUUCAUUCACAUGGGAUCCCUCCCCAGGGAUUACUUUAGAACUCCUGUAUUAAAAAUUGGAGUGCUUUUGGAUGAAAGAUCAAAUUUGGAUUAUCUCAUAAUUAUUGGAGACCUUUCUUGUAGUCUUCUUUUCACUGAUUGUAAAAGCAAUAAACUUUUAAUCAAAAUUA